AUGCUGAUCCAUUACAUGCUAUUGUUUGCUCUGUUCGCUCAAUCAUUUGGACUAUUCGAUUUUCUUUUCUCAUGGGUUGGUAAAAAGCAGUGUGUGGGGGCAAAGGGAAGAAUCAUGUGUAAUGGAAGGUCAUCUUACCGAGUAAUAGUUAAUCUUGUGGAUGGAGAUAGCAUGGAUUUCGACGAUGUAAUGGAUAAAACUCGGACCGACAGAGAUGGUUAUUACCAACUAUAUGGCUGUGUUAAUGAGGUAACAACAAUUACACCAAAAGUCAACAUCAUCCAUGGUUGUAACGCUGAGUCGAACUGGUGUCCAAUCAAUCUGCAAAAAUGGAUACCUCUUAGCUACAUCAAUUCUAAGAUCAAAAGCAAAACUUUUCAUGAUUUUGGUGUUUCUGAACUCUCCCACAGAUCUCUGGAUGAAGUUCCAGCUUGUUUUAGUUAA